UGCCAGAGUUUUUGUUUUGGGAAAAUAAAAAAAUCCCCCGCUAAAUACUCUUAUACUUUCGUGCUUCAUCUAGCUAGUCUUCUCUCACUCUUCGACACACACGUACGCGUAUAGUCCGGCCAGGGGAAGCUCUCUGUUUAAUUUCUAGCUAUUCAAUCUCUGGAUCUCCUCCCUCGAACCCAUCGGCUGUUCCCCUUGGUUGCUGAAUGGGCUUGGGCUAUUCCAAUUCUGGAUACCUGACUUUGAUUGAUUAGGAUUGUCUUGAGUUAAACCACUGGCUUGGGUUGAACCUUUUGAUCAAGCCAUAAAGAGUAAAGAGCGAAAAUUUAUUUCAGGAGGAGAGGACAGUGGUGACUACAAGAGGGCAAAAUGUCUAAGUCUUGCAAAGGCCUAGCAAUGGAACUGGUGAAGUGCCUCAGUGAAUCUGAUUGUGUUAAGGUUGAGAAGCGAUCAUAUAGGGAAUGUGCCGGAAAGAAGAGCCCAUCAAUAUCAAGUGAGUGUGUGGGACUUAGGGAAACAUAUUUCAAUUGCAAGAGAGGCCAGGUUGACAUGAGAGCUAGGAUUCGUGGAAACAAGGGAUACUAAGUGGUGGGCAUGUUGUUUUCCAAAUUGCGAAAUCAAUUUGUAGGGUUUGAACAAAAAGCCUCCUGCACUUGGGCAUGCAAUGUCAGCAACUAUUGGAACCGUUGUAAUAUGGAUGUGGAAAGGGUAUCAGAUUCAACGAUAUUUCACUAUCUAAUAAAAAUACAUCAGGAGUGCCCGCUGGUUUUGCUCUAUAAACUUUCUUGUCCCUUUGAGCAGCUAUCCUAAAUUGUGGGAAUAUUCUAUGGUUUUUUUCUUUUAGUAUAACGUAUAAUGACUCCUUUUCUUUA